GGCCUUGUAACAUUGACUAGCUAAAUGUUAAGUUGGUGUAGAGAUACAGAGCUACAUGCAUAUCUUACUCUGACAUGUUAGUCUACAUUCUUUUAAGCUGCUCUGCUUUUUUAGUGUAUGUUUUUAUCAAAAAAUGUACAAAUGAGAAAUUCAGAAUUAUUGCAAAAAUACCAGGACCUAAAGGAAUACCAAUAUUCGUUAAUGCACUCCAAGUUGAUCUUGAACAUAUUCACAAAGAUUUACUUCGAUGGACUGAGGAGUAUGGGCCGAUCUUCAAGUUGAACUUUGCUGGGGACUUGGUUGUUGUACUUAAAACAGUUAUGAUGCAAUCUACGAAGCUCUUGUCACAAAAUCAGCAGAUUUUGCAGGUCGUGCAGAUGACACCUUCCGAGUCCAAACACUAGUAGAAGGUGAUGAUGUCCUAUUUCAAGACUACACGGAUAAAAUUAAAUACAUUAAGAAACUCAUGCUCCAGGGACUCAAGAUGUACGGCGAGGAACGAUCGAAUAUUGUCAAGAUCACCCAAAGUGAGGUCAACCUGUGCAUGGAUAAAUU